UUUUGUUCUUCCAGAUAGGCCGGAGUUCUAUGCGACAGAGAGAAAUGAGCUAAGUUUAAUAGGGCGUCUCCUUAACCCUAGAUGUCAAAGGAUGUCGGAUCUAAUCCUUGACAUGCCUCGCAAGUGGAAGCUGUACAACAGGGUGAGAGGAGUUGCUCUGUCUAACGAAAGGUUCCAGUUUAUCUUUAAGUAUGAGCAGGACCUGCUUGAUGUUCUAAGCAAGGUCCAUACAAGUAGCAACUGGUCGAUUGUUCUGGAGAGGUGGACUGAGAAACCACCGGAUGACUAUCUGCAGUAUCUACGGGUUUGGGUUCAGAUGAGAAACAUACCGGUGAACCACUACACGCCGGGAACGAUUAUGGCGUUGGGAGAAUUUGCGGGUCAAGUUAUUGAUGUGCCAUACGAUCCAGAAAAGGCCCAGGUCAAAGACUAUGUCAGAGUUUUUGUGAAGUUUGAUGUCUCCAAGCCGCUGAGAAGGUCGAAGUGACUUACUCUUCCUGGUGGGGAGGUGGUAAACAUACUGUAUGACUAUGAAAGGCUGCAAAAAAGAUGUUACACUUGCCAGAGGUUAACUCACGAACAAUCUGUGUGCCCAUGAGUUAGCAAAGACAAGGAAGUACAAACGAAGGGACCCUGCUCCUCAUCAGAAAGUAAGAAUACGGAAGUUUUGGUAGCCCUGGAGGAGACAGAUCCUCUUCAUGGAGUUAUUGAGAGCAAGCAUCUGGGCUUGGAUCCUGUCUCUGGCAGACCGAAGAUUGCGAAGGAGGUUCUUGAUGGAAUGAGACAAUACCUCUUAGCAGCAGAUGGCCAGGAGAAACAGGCGAGAGAAGAAAGAGUGAAAAAAUCCCUGAAGGAUUUGGAUGAUGAUAUUCUUGGUCAGAAAAUCUAUCUGAGGUUGGAGCAGGU